UGUGUGGGCGUCAAGUGCCAUUGAUUCUCCCUUCUGCGUGGACCAAUCCGAGAGAUCCACGAAAAAGCCACCGUAGUCUGGAGACGAAACGACUGCCAGGCAACUGUUUUCGUAUAACCGGGCAUAAAUAAGUCGCGUGUGCACUUGUCAGUUCCCUACAAACGAUUUUGCGAAGUCUUUGUGUGAUAAGCUACUGCCAGCGCAGCAGAAACCAUGAAAGCCCUUCUCGGUAUUUUGUUGCUCACCGUUGGAGCAAAUUGUUUGUAUUCAUCGAAUUCAGAUGUUGUACAGUUGAACCCCAGUAAUUUUGAUAAACUUGUCACGAACAGCGACAAUGUGUGGAUUGUCGAGUUUUUUGCACCUUGGUGUGGACACUGCCAGGCACUUACUCCGGAGUAUGAUAAAGCUGCUACUGCAUUGAAGGGAGUCGUCAAGCUUGGAGCAGUAGAUGCUGACGAGCACAAAUCUCUCGGCUCCAGGUUUGGAGUUCAAGGUUUUCCGACAGUAAAAAUUUUCGGAGCUAACAAGAACAAGCCCGAGGACUACAACGGCGCCAGGACAGCAUCAGGUCUCGUCGAUGCAGCAUUGAGCGCUGCCAAAAACAAGGUCAAAUCAGCUCUGAAUGGCAAAAAGAGCGGCAGCAGUGGAGGCUCGUCAGACUCGAAGAAAUCAAAGAGUUCCGACGAUGUUAUCGAACUCACAGACGAGAACUUCGAUAAAUUGGUCUUGGAGUCCGAUGACACGUGGCUUGUGGAAUUCUUUGCACCCUGGUGUGGACACUGCAAGAAUUUGGCUCCAGAAUGGGCCUCAGCGGCUACUGAAUUGAAGGGAAAAGUCAAGUUGGGAGCACUGGAUGCUACUGUUCAUCAGGAGAAAGCUCGUGAAUACGGAAUCAAGGGAUAUCCCACGAUCAAGUACUUUGCACGCGGUGCCAAGGACUCUGAUUCAGCUGCUGAAUACGAUGGUGGUAGAACAGCAGGGGACAUUGUCAGCUGGGCACUUGAGAAGUGGUCUGCGAGCAUACCACCACCGGAGGUUAUUCAACUCGUUGGAAAGGACUCGUGGAAAGAUUCUUGUGAAGGAAAACAACUCUGCGUUGUCUCUGUGUUGCCACAUAUUCUGGAUUGCCAGUCUGAUUGUAGAAAUGGCUAUAUCAGUACUUUGCAAAAACUUGCGGACAAGUUCAAGCAGAAAGACUGGGGAUGGCUGUGGGCUGAAGCCGGAGCUCAACCAGAAGUAGAGGAAGCCCUGGAGAUAGGAGGUUUUGGUUACCCAGCACUGGCUGUCGUCAACGCAAAGAAACUCAAAUACUCUCUUCUGAGAGGUAGUUUCUCAUACGACGGAAUCAACGAAUUCCUGAGGGACCUCAGCUACGGCAGAGGUGGCACAGCACCAGUCAAGGGUGCUGAUCUUCCAAAGGUCCGUGAAACAGAAGCAUGGGACGGCAAGGACGGUGAACCCCCACAGGAGGAGGACAUUGAUCUCAGUGAUGUUGACUUGGACGAGAAAGACGAACUUUAGAGGAGUAACAUUUGUGAUGAGAGUUUCAAAGAAUGAGUCAUUUACCACAUUGUCAAUUCUCUUCCAACGCAUUUGUAAAUCAUACCCGUUUUCUUUGUCAAACGUCAUUCCACAUCAAUUGUUUAUAUGGAGAAAGGGGGAGAAUUGAAGCUCACCUGAUUUUUAUUUUUUGAAACAUUUUUAAUCAUAAAUAAUUAUGAUGAGAGUGUGAACGGACUGUGUAAUUUUACUAUAAGUCAUAGAGUAUGAAAUCACACGACACUGAAAAAUCAGGUUGAUAUAUUAUUAUGAAAAUAAAUACAAUAAUUUUUACAUUA